UGGGGCGGGGGUUGGGAUUUGGGGGGAUUUUAUUGGGGUCUUGGCGGGGUUUAUUGGGUGGUUUAUUGAAAUUUGGGAAGUUUUUUUGAAUUUUGGUGGGUUUCACUGGGAUUUUGAGGGAUUCUAUGGGGUUUUUGAGGAAUUUAUUUAGAUUUUUAGGGGAUUUUGGAGGUUUUAGUGGAACUGUGGGGGGGUUUUGGGGUCUGGGGGGGACUUUGGUGUUGUCCCCAGGUAUGGGAAGGGCUGAGAGGCACCAAAAUCUUCUUAAAACCCCCAAAAGUCCCAAUAUAACCCAUGAAAUGUCAAUUAACUCUCACGCUAGAAUCCAAAUAAAAGCCCACGAAAUCUCUUGAAAUCCCAACAACCCCCCCCAAAUCCCAAUUAAACCCACAAAUCCCCCAAAAAUGUCCUUAAAAACCACAAAAAGUCCCACAAAAUCCCCCCAAGACCCAAAGAAAUCUUGACAACAUCCAAAAAACCCCCACAAAAUCCCCCCAAAACUACCAGAAAACCCCCCCAAAAAACCCAAAUCCACAAAAAAUUCCACUAAAUGCCCCCAAAAUUCCAACAAACCCUCCUAAAAAUUCCUGUAAAACCCCCCGAAAUUCCAGAAGGAAACCCCCAAAAGUUUCAAUAAACCCCCAAACAUCCCCAAAAAAACACCCCCCAAGGUGCAAAUAAAACCCCCCAAAAUUCACAAAAGCGCCCAAAAUUCUGCAACUCCCCCAAAAUCCCAUAAUUCUCUCCAAAAACCCCAAUAAUUCCCCCUAAACUCCCAACAAAAUUCUCCAUGAUUUUAGGCCCUUAGGGUGAUUUUAGGAUAAACUGAGCUGUUUUAGGAUAGAUUUUAGAUCCCUUUGGCCGAUUGUAGGUCCAUAUGGGUGAAUCUUAAUCCUGCAUGGGUGAUUUUGGGCCCCUUUUUUGGUGUUUUUGGGCCCAUUUGGCGGAUUUUUGCCUUUUUAGGCCAAACCAAGCCUUUUCAGGGUGAUUUUAGGUCCUCUUGUGUUAGUUUUAGGUCUGUUUGGGUGAUUUUAGGCAAGAUCGGGUGGAUUUUUGGCCUAUUUGGGUGAUUUCAGGAAAAAACAGGUACUUUCGGGAAGGAUUUUAAGCCCAUUUGGGAAAUUUAAGGGUGAUUUCAGGCCAUUUUGUGUGGGUCGCAAACCACUUUGGGCAAUUUUAGGUCCCUUUAGCUGGAUUUUAGACCUCAUUGGGUAACCUGAAUCCCAUUUGGCUGAUUUUAGGCCAAACCUGGUGGAUUUCUGCCGCAUUUGAGGCUCUUUUGGGUGGUUUUUAAGCGAACCAGGCCCUUUUAGGACCGCAGCCCACUUGGCCGCACCCUUUCCCCUCAGAGUUCCCGCUUUUCCUUCAGCCCGCCCCGUUCCCCUCACGGUUCGCGGUUCGGGAAUGGAGUUCCCGCUUUUCCUUCAGCCCGCCCCUUUCCCCUCACAGUUCGUGGUUCGGGAAUGGAGGGAGGAGGAGGAGGAGGGAGGGAGGAAGAGGCGGAGCGGCAGCGGGAAGCAGCAGAGGAAGAGCCGAGGGGAGGAACCGCAGAGCUCCGGCGGUUCCUGAACUCGCCGCAGCCCCGCCGGGAGCAUCGCCCCCCAUCCCGCAGGAUUUCCCAUUCCCAACCCUUGGCGGGAUGGAGAAGGAGGGUGCAAGGAAGAGGAAGAUGCCACAGGACACCGAGGCAGACAAGGAGCAGAGGAUGGAGACCAGAGAGGAAAAAUCCCUGCGGCAGAACCUCGUGGAAGAGACCAUUUUGAGCAGCUCCACAGCACAGGAAUCGGAGGGGAAAGAAAAGCCCUGGAGAUGCCGUGCAAGGAGGAGCUGCAAACGCAGAUUGCGGGGAUCUGAGGAGGAAGGACCCAUCCUGGGUGGGGAAGGCGGCCAGAGAUCAAGCCAGAGCUUAGAGUUGGUGGUCCAUGAGCAGCUUCAUGAUGGAGAGAAGCCCCACAAGUGCUUGGAGUGUGGGAAGAGCUUCAGCCGGAGCUCCAGUGUGAUCCGUCACCAGAGGACCCACACAGGGGAACGGCCCUAUGAGUGUGGAGUAUGUGGGAAGAGCUUCAGAGUCAGCUCCAGCCUGAUCCGCCACCAGAUUAUCCACACUGGAGAACAACCCUACGAGUGUGGGGAAUGUGGGAAGAGGUUUCAGCUCAGCUCCACCCUCAUCCGUCACCAGGUGAUCCACACUGGGGAGAGGCCCUACGAGUGCGAUAAAUGCAGGAAGAGGUUUCAGCUCAGCUCCAGUCUCCUUGUGCACCAGCGCACACACACAGAGGAGAAGCCCUUCCGCUGUCCCAACUGCGGGAAGGGCUUCAGGCAAAACUCCCAUCUUGUCAGGCACCAGCGCAUCCACACUGGGGAGAGGCCCCAUGAGUGUGAGGAAUGUGGGAUGAGCUUCAGCCGCAGCUCCCACCUGACCCGCCACCAGAGGACCCACACGGGGGAGCGGCCCUACAAGUGUGGAGAAUGUGGGAAGAGCUUCAGUCAGAGCACCAACCUGAUCCAGCACCAGAACAUUCACACUGGGGAAAGGCCGUACAAGUGUGGGGAAUGUGGGAAGGGCUUCAGCCAGCAUUCCACCCUGAUCCAGCACCAGAACAUCCACACUGGGGAGAGGCCCUAUAAGUGUUCAGAGUGCGGUAAGGCGUUUCGGAUCAGCUCCCAGCUCCUCGUGCACUAUCGGAUUCACACAGAGGAGAGGCCCUUCCGCUGUCCCGAUUGCGGGAAGGGAUUCAUGUACAACUCCACCCUCAUCAACCACCAAAAGAUUCACACAAAGGAGAAGCCCUUCGGCUGCCCCGACUGUGGGAAGGGCUACAAGCACAUUUCCACCCUGAUCACCCACCGGCGCAUCCACACCGGGGAGAGGCCCCAUGUUCGUCCACAGUGUGGGAAGAGCUUCUCACAGGGCUCAACCUUGACCGAGCACCAACGGACCCAUAGUGGACAGAAGCCCUACAAGUGCUUGGAGUGUGGGAAGAGCUUCAGGCAGAGCAACACCCUGAUCCGCCACCAGAUGAUCCACACGGGGGAAUGGCCCUACAAGUGUAGGGAAUGUGGGAAGGGUUUCCGGUGCGCCUCUGAGCUCAUUACCCACCAACGCAUCCACACCGGGGAGAAGCCCUACAAGUGUCCCGAGUGUCUAAAAAGGUUUCACACCACCUCCACUCUCCUCAAGCACCAGCGGAUUCACACAGAGGAGAGGCCCUUCCGCUGCCCCGACUGCAGGAAGGGCUUUAAGGAAAACUCCACACUUGUCGCCCACCGGCGCAUCCACACUGGGGAGAGGCCCUACGAGUGUCCCCAGUGCGGCCGGAGAUGGAGCCAGAGCUCGGAGCUGGUGCUCCAUGAGCAGCCCCAUGAUGGGGAGAAGCCCCACACGUGCGUGGAGUGUGGGAAGAGCUUCAGGUGGAAUUCCGAGCUGAUCCUGCACCAGAGGAUCCACACUGGGGAGAGGCCCUACGAGUGUGAUCAGUGCAGGAAGAGGUUUCCCACCAGCUCUGGUCUAGUCAGGCACCAGCGCACGCACACAGAGGAGAGGCCCUUCCGCUGCCCCGACUGCGGGCAGGGCUUCAGGCACAACGCCCAUCUUGUCGUGCACCGGCGCAUCCACACUGGGGAGAGGCCCCACGAGUGUGAGGAGUGUGGGAAGAGCUUCAGCCAGAGCUCCACCCUGAUCCUGCACCAGAGGACCCACACUGGGGAACAGCCCUAUAAGUGUGGGGAAUGUGGGAAGAGCUUCAGCCAGUGUUCUACCCUGAUCCAGCAUCAGAGGACCCACACUGGGGAGAGGCCCUACGAGUGUGAUCAGUGCAGGAAGAGGUUUCGGAUCAGCUCCCAUCUCUUCCAGCACUAUCGCAUUCACUCAGAGGAGAGGCCCUUCUGCUGCCCCGACUGCGGGAAGGGAUUCAGGCGCAACUGCAACCUCAUCAGGCACCGGCGCAUCCACACCGGGGAGAGGCCCUACGAGUGUCCCCAGUGCGGCCGGAGAUGGAGCCAGAGCUCGGAGCUGGUGCUCCAUGAGCAGCCCCAUGAUGGGGAGAAGCCUCACACAUGCGUGGAGUGUGGGAAGAGCUUCAGGUGGAGCUCUGAGCUGAUCAGGCACCAGAGGACCCACACUGGGGAGAGGCCCUAUGAGUGUGAUCAGUGCAGGAAGAGGUUUCAGACCAGCUCCAAUCUCCUCCUGCACCAGCGCACGCACACAGAGGAGAGGCCCUUCCGCUGCCCCGACUGCGGGCAGGGCUUCAGGCACAACUCCCAUCUUGUCGUGCACCGGCGCAUCCACACUGGGGAGAGGCCCCACGAGUGUGGGGAGUGUGGGAAGAGCUUUAGCCAGAGCUCCAACCUGAUCCGCCACCAGAGGACCCACACUGGGAAAGGGCCCUUCGAGUGUGGGGAGUGUGGGAAGAGCUUCAGGCAGCAUUCCAACCUGAUUGUCCACCAGAGGAUCCACACUGGGGAGAGGCCCUACGAGUGUGAUCGAUGCAGGAAGAGGUUUCGGAUCAGCUCCCAUCUCCUCCUGCACUAUCGGAUUCACUCAGAGGAGAGGCCCUUCUGCUGCCCUGACUGCGGGAAGGGAUUUAAGCAGAACUCCCACCUCAUCAGGCACCGGCACAUCCACACUGGGGAGAGGCCCUACGAGUGUCCCCAGUGUGGGAAGAGCUUCUCACAGCGCUCUCACUUGACCCAACACCAACGGAGGCACCGUGGGGACAUGCCAGGGCAUUGUACCCAGUGCGGCCGGAGAUGGAGCCAGAGCUCGGAGCUGGUGCUCCAUGAGCAGCCCCAUGAUGGGGAGAAGCCCCACACGUGCGUGGAGUGUGGGAAGAGCUUCAGGUGGAACUCCGAGCUGAUCCUGCACCAGAGGAUCCACACUGGGGAGAGGCCCUACGAGUGUGAUCAGUGCAGGAAGAGGUUUCCCACCAGCUCUGGUCUAGUCAGGCACCAGCGCACGCACACAGAGGAGAGGCCCUUCCGCUGCCCUGACUGCGGGCAGGGCUUCAGGCACAACGCCCAUCUUGUCGUGCACCGGCGCAUCCACACUGGAGAGAGGCCCCACGAGUGUGAGGAGUGUGGGAAGAGCUUCAGCCAGAGCUCCACCCUGAUCCUGCACCAGAGGACCCACACUGGGGAACAGCCCUAUAAGUGUGGGGAAUGUGGGAAGAGCUUCAGCCAGUGUUCUACCCUGAUCCAGCAUCAGAGGACCUACACUGGGGAGAGGCCCUACGAGUGUGAUCAGUGCAGGAAGAGGUUUCGGAUCAGCUCCCAUCUCUUCCAGCACUAUCGCAUUCACUCAGAGGAGAGGCCCUUCUGCUGCCCCGACUGCGGGAAGGGAUUCAGGCGCAACUGCAACCUCAUCAGGCACCGGCGCAUCCACACCGGGGAGAGGCCCUACGAGUGUCCCCAGUGUGGGAAGAGCUUCUCCAGGAGCUCUCACUUGACCCGACACCAACAGAGGCACCGGUAGGGGAAGCCCUGCGAGUGCCCCGAGUGCGGGAAGAGCUUCGUGCGCUGCUCCAGCUCCAUCCCCCACUGGAGGAGCCACGCUGGGCACAGGCCCAGCUGUUCCCAGUGCGGCCGGAGAUGGAGCCAGAGCUCGGAGCUGGUGCUCCAUGAGCAGCUCCAUGAUGGGGAGAAGCCCCACACGUGCGUGGAGUGUGGGAAGAGCUUCAGGUGGAACUCCGAGCUGAUCAGGCACCAGAGGAUCCACACUGGGGAACAGCCCUACGAGUGUGAUCAGUGCAGGAAGAGGUUUCAGACCAGCUCUGAUCUCCUCGUGCACCAGCGCACGCACACAGAGGAGAGGCCCUUCCGCUGCCCCGACUGCGGGCAGGGCUUCAGGCACAACUCCAGUCUUGUCCUGCACCGGCGCAUCCACACUGGGGAGAGGCCCCACGAGUGUGAGGAGUGUGGGAAGAGCUUCAGCCGGAGCUCCAGCCUGAUCCAGCACCGGAACAUCCACACUGGAGAACGGCCUUACAAGUGUGGGGAAGUCUUACAGGAGUGUGCGAAGAGCUUCAGCCAGCAAUCCGCCCUGAUUGUCCACCAAAAGAUCCACACUGGGGAGAGGCCCUACGAGUGUGAUCAAUGCAGGAAGAGGUUUCGGAUCAGCUCCCAUCUCCUCCGGCACUAUCGGAUUCACUCAGAGGAGAGGCCCUUCUGCUGCCCCGACUGUGGGAAGGGAUUCAGGCACAAAUGCAACCUCAUCACCCACCAGCGCAUCCACACUGGGGAGAGGCCCUACGAGUGUCCCCAGUGUGGGAAGAGCUUCACCAGCAGCUCUAACUUGACCCAACACCAACGGAGGCACCGAUGGCGGCGAUCUGAGGGGGAAAGACCCAGCCUGGGCCGGGAAGGCGGCCGGAGAUGGAGCCAGAGCUCGGAGCUGGUGCUCCAUGAGCAGCUCCAUGAUGGGGAGAAGCCCCACACGUGCCGGGAGUGUGGGAAGAGCUUCAGGUGGAACUCCGAGCUGAUCAGGCACCAGAGGACCCACACUGGGGAGAGGCCCUACGAGUGUGAUCAGUGCAGGAAGAGGUUUAAGACCAGCUCUGUUCUCCUCGUGCACCAGCGCACACACACAGAGGAGAGGCCCUUCCGCUGCCCCGACUGCGGGCAGGGCUUCAGCCAGAACUCCAAUCUUGUCGUGCACCGGCGCAUCCACACUGGGGAGAGGCCCCACGAGUGUGAGGAGUGUGGGAAGAGCUUCAGGUACAGCUCCACCCUGAUCCGCCACCAGAGGACCCACACUGGGAAACGGCCCCACGAGUGUGGGGAGUGUGGGAAGAGCUUCAGCCAGCGCUCCCACCUGAUUGUCCACCAAAAGAUCCACACUGGGGAGAGGCCCUACGAGUGUGAUCAAUGCAGGAAGAGGUUUCCCACCAGCUCUGGUCUUGUCAGGCACCAGCGCACGCACACAGAGGAGAGGCCCUUCCGCUGCCCCGACUGCGGGCAGGGCUUCAGGCAAAAUGCCCAUCUUGUCGUGCACCGGCGCAUCCACACUGGGGAGAGGCCCCAUGAGUGUGGGGAGUGUGGGAAGAGCUUCAGCCGGAGCUCCAGCCUGAUCCAGCACCAGUGGACCCACACUGGGAAACGGCCCUACAAGUGUGGGGAGUGUGGGAAGAGCUUCAGGCAGCAUUCCAACCUGAUUGUCCACCAGACGAUCCACACUGGGGAGAGGCCCUACGAGUGUGAUCAGUGCAGGAAGAGGUUUCGGAUCAGCUCCCAUCUCCUCCGGCACUAUCAGAGUCACUCAGAGGAGAGGCCCUUCUGCUGCCCCGACUGCGGGAAGGGAUUCAAGGACAACUCCACCCUCAUCACCCACCGGCGCAUCCACAGAGAGAGGCCCUACGAGUGUCCCCAGUGUGGGAAGAGCUUCUCCAGCAGCUCUCACUUGACCUGACACAAACGGAGGCACCGGUAAGGGAGGCCCUGCGAGUGCCCCGAGUGCGGGAAGAGCUUCGUGCGCUGCUCCAGCUCCAUCCCCCACUGGAGGAGCUACGCUGGGCACAGCCCUGCAGAGGGCAAGAAAUGCGGCCGGAGAUGGAGCCAGAGCUCGGAGCUGGUGCUCCCUGAGCAGCUCCAUGAUGGGGAGAAGCCCCACAUGUGCGUGGAGUGUGGGAAGAGCUUCAGGUGGAGCUCUGAGCUGAUCAGGCACCAGAGGACCCACACUGGGGAGAGACCCUACGAGUGUGGGGAGUGUGGGAAGAGCUUCAGCUGCAGCUCCGAGCUGAUCAGGCACCAGAGGACCCACACUGGGGAGAGACCCUACGAGUGUGGGGAGUGUGGGAAGAGCUUCAGCUGCAGCUCCGACCUGAUCAGGCACCAGAGGACCCACACUGGGGAGAGACCCUACAAGUGUGGGGAGUGUGGGAAGAGCUUCAGCCAGAGCUGUAACCUGAUUGUCCACCAAAAGAUCCACACUGGGGAGAGGCCCUACGAGUGUGAUCAGUGCAGGAAGAGGUUUCAGAUCAGCUCCCAUCUCCUCCGGCACUAUCAGAGUCACACAGAGGAGAGGCCCUUCUGCUGCCCCGACUGCGGGAAGGGAUUCAAGGACAACUCCACCCUCAUCACCCACCGGCGCAUCCACACUGGGGAGAGGCCCUACGAGUGUCCCCAGUGUGGAAAGGGCUUCUCAUUUCGCUCUACCUUGACCCGACACCAACGGAGGCACCGGUAAGGGAAGCCCUGCGAGUGCCCCGAGUGCGGGAAGAGCUUCAGAUGGAGCCAGAGCUCGGAGCUGGUGCGCCCUGAGCAGCUCCAUGAUGGGGAGAAGCCCCACACGUGCUUGGAGUGUGGGAAGAGCUUCAGGUGGAACUCUGAGCUGAUCAGGCACCAGAGGACCCACACUGGGGAGAGACCCUACGAGUGUGGGGAGUGUGGGAAGAGCUUCAGCCAUAGCUCCAACCUGAUCAGGCACCAGAGUACACACACUGGGGAAUGGCCCUACGAGUGUGAUCAGUGCAGGAAGAGGUUUAAGACCAGCUCUCAUCUCCUCGUGCACCAGCGCACGCACACAGAGGAGAGGCCCUUCCGCUCCCACUGCGGGCAGGGCUUCAGGCACAACUGCAAUCUUGUCCUGCACCGGCGCAUCCACACUGGGGAGAGGCCCCACGAGUGUGAGGAGUGUGGGAAGAGCUUCAGGCAGAGCUCCCACCUGAUCCAGCACCAGAGGACCCACACUGGGAAACGGCCCUACAAGUGUAGGGAAUGUGGGAAGAGCUUCAGCCGGUGUUCUACCCUGAACGUCCACCAAAAGAUCCACACCGAGGAGAGGCCCUACGAGUGUGAUCGAUGCAGGAAGAGGUUUCAGAUCAGCUCCCAUCUCCUCCGGCACUAUCGGAUUCACUCAGAGGAGAGGCCCUUCUGCUGCCCCGACUGCGGGAAGGGAUUCAGGCGCAACUCCACCCUCGUCACCCACCGGCGCAUCCACACCGGGGAGAGGCCCUACGAGUGUCCCCAGUGUGGGAAGAGCUUCUCCAGGAGCUCUGCCUUGACCCGACACCAACGGAGGCACCGAUGGCGGCGAUCUGAGGGGGAAAGACCCAGCCUGGGCCGGGAAGGCGGCCGAAGAUGGAGCCAGAGCUCGGAGCUGGUGCUCCAUGAGCAGCCCCAUGAUGGGGAGAAGCCCCACACGUGCGUGGAGUGUGGGAAGAGCUUCAGGUGGAGCUCUGAGCUGAUCAAGCACCAGAGGAUCCACACUGGGGAGAGGCCCUACGAGUGUGAUCAGUGCAGGAAGAGGUUUUCCACCAGCUCCAAUCUCCUCGUGCACCAGCGCACGCACACAGAGGAGAGGCCCUUCCGCUGCCCCGACUGCGGGCAGGGCUUCAGGCACAACUCCAGUCUUUUCAGGCACCGGCGCAUCCACACUGGGGAGAGGCCCCACGAGUGUGAGGAGUGUGGGAAGAGCUUCAGGCACAGCUCCAGCCUGAUUCAGCACCAGAGGACCCACACUGGAGAACGGCCCUACAAGUGUAGGGAAUGUGGGAAGAGCUUCAGCCAGCAAUCCAACCUGAUUGUCCACCAGACGAUCCACACUGGGGAGAGGCCCUACGAGUGUGAUCAGUGCAGGAAGAGGUUUCGGAUCAGCUCCCAUCUCCUCCUGCACUAUCAGAGUCACACAGAGGAGAGGCCCUUCUGCUGCCCCGACUGCGGGAAGGGAUUCAAGGACAACUCCACCCUCAUCAGGCACCGGCGCAUCCACACCGGGGAGAGGCCCUACGAGUGUCCCCAGUGUGGGAAGAGCUUCUCCAGGAGCUCUACCUUGAGCCAACACCAACGGAGGCACCGGUAAGGGAAGCCCUGCGAGUGCCCCGAGUGCGGGAAGAGCUUCGUAUGGAGCCAGAGCUCGGAGCUGGUGCUCCAUGAGCAGCUCCAUGAUGGGGAGAAGCCCCACACGUGCGUGGAGUGUGGGAAGAGCUUCAGGUGGAACUGCCAUCUGAUCCAGCACCAGAGGAGCCACACUGGGGAACGGCCCUACGAGUGUGGGGAGUGUGGGAAGAGCUUCAUCUGGAGCUCCAACCUGAUCAAGCACCAGAGGAUCCACACUGGGGAGAAGCCCUAUGAGUGUUGGGAGUGUGGGAAGAGCUUCAUCUGGAUCUCCAACCUGAUCAAGCACCAGAGGAUCCACACUGGGGAGAAGCCCUAUGAGUGUUGGGAGUGUGGGAAGAGCUUCAUCUGGAGCUCCAACCUGAUCAGGCACCAGGGGAUCCACACUGGGGAGAGGCCCUAUGAGUGUGAUCAGUGCAGGAAGAGGUUUCCCACCAGCUCCAGUCUCCUCGUGCACCAGCGCACGCACACAGAGGAGAGGCCCUUCCGCUGCCCCGACUGCGGGAAGGGAUUCAGGCACAACUCCACCCUCAUCAGGCACCAGCGCAUCCACACUGGGGAGAGGCCCUACGAGUGUGAUCAGUGCAGGAAGAGCUUCUCCAGGAGCUCUCACUUGACGAGGCACCAGUAAGGGAAGCCCUAUGAGUGCCCCGAGUGUGGGAAGAGCUUCGUCCAGAGCUCGGAGCUGGUGCUCCCUGAGCAGCCCCAUGAUGGGGAGAAGCCCCACAUGUGUGUGGAGUGUGGGAAGAGCUUCAGGUGGAACUCCCAUCUGAUCAGGCACCAGAGGAGCCACACUGGGGAGAGGCCCUAUGAGUGUGAUCAGUGCAGGAAGAGGUUUCAGACCAGCUCCAGUCUCCUCGUGCACCAGCGCACGCACACAGAGGAGAGGCCCUUCCGCUGCCCCGACUGCGGGCAGGGCUUCAGGCAAAACGCUGAUCUUGUCGUGCACCGGCGCAUCCACACUGGGGAGAGGCCCCACGAGUGUGAGGAGUGUGGGAAGAGCUUCAGGCAGAGCUCCACCCUGAUCCAGCACCAGAGGACCCACACUGGAGAACGGCCUUACAAGUGCGGGGAGUGUGGGAAGAGCUUCAGCCAGCAAUCCACCCUGAUUGUCCACCAAAAGUUCCACACUGGGGAGAGGCCCUACGAGUGUGAUCAAUGCAGGAAGAGGUUUCGGAUCAGCUCCCAUCUCCUCCGGCACUAUCAGAGUCACAUACAGGAUAGGCCCUUCUGCUGCCCCCACUGCGGGAAGGGAUUCAGGCGCAACUGCAACCUCAUCAGGCACCGGCGCAUCCAUACUGGGUAGAGGCCCUACGAGUGUCCCCAGUGUGGGAAGAGCUUCUCCAGGAGCUCUCACUUGACCCGACACCAACGGAGGCACCGGAUCCACACUGGGGAGAGGCCCUAUGAGUGUGAUCAGUGCAGGAAGAGGUUUAAGACCAGCUCUGGUCUUGUCAGGCACCAGCGCACGCACACAGAGGAGAGGCCCUUCCGCUGCCCCGACUGCGGGCAGGGCUUCAGGCAAAACGCCCAUCUUGUCCUGCACCGGCGCAUCCACACUGGGGAGAGGCCCCAUGAGUGUGAGGAGUGUGGGAAGAGCUUCAGCCAGAGCUCCAGCCUGAUCCACCACCAGAGGACUCACACUGGGGAACAGCCCUAUAAGUGUAGGGAAUGUGGGAAGAGCUUCAGCCGGUAUUCUAACCUGAUCCAGCAUCAGAAGAUCCACACUGAGGAGAGGCCCUACGAGUGUGAUCAGUGCAGGAAGAGGUUUCGGAUCAGCUCCCAUCUCCUCCGGCACUAUCAGAGUCACACAGAGGAGAGGCCCUUCCGCUGCCCCGGCUGCGGGAAGGGAUUCAGGCGCAACUGCAACCUCAUCACCCACCGGCGCAUCCACACCGGGGAGAGGCCCUACGAGUGUCCCCAGUGCGGCCGGAGAUGGAGCCAGAGCUCGGAGCUGGUGCCCCAUGAGCAGCUCCAUGAUGGGGAGAAGCCCCACACGUGCGUGGAGUGUGGGAAGAGCUUCAGGUGGAACUCCCAUCUGAUCCUGCACCAGAGGAGCCACACUGGGGAACGGCCCUAUGAGUGUGAUCAGUGCAGGAAGAGGUUUAAGACCAGCUCUGAUCUCCUGGUGCACCAGCGCACGCACACAGAGGAGAGGCCCUUCCGCUGCCCCGACUGCGGGCAGGGCUUCAGGCACAACGCCCAUCUUGUCAGGCACCAGCGCAUCCACACUGGGGAGAGGCCCCACGAGUGUGGGGAGUGUGGGAAGAGCUUCAGCCAGAGCUCCCACCUGAUCCGCCACCAGAGGAUCCACACUGGGAAACAGCCCUAUAAUUGUAGGGAAUGUGGGAAGAGCUUCAGCCAGUGUUCUACCCUGAUCCGGCAUCAGAGGACCCACACUGGGGAGAGGCCCUAUGAGUGUGAUCAGUGCAGGAAGAGGUUUCAGAUCAGCUCCCAUCUCCUCCGGCACUAUCAGAGUCACACAGAGGAGAGGCCCUUCUGCUGCCCCGACUGCGGGAAGGGAUUCAGGCAGAACUCCACCCUCAUCAGGCACCGGCGCAUCCACACUGGGGAGAGGCCCUAUGAGUGUCCCCAGUGUGGGAAGAGCUUCUCACAGCGCUCCCACUUGACCCAACACCAACGGAGGCACCGGUAAGGGGAGCCCUGCGAGUGCCCCGAGUGCGGGAAGAGCUUCGUCCAGAGCUCGGAGCUGGUGCUCCAUGAGCAGCCCCAUGAUGGGGAGAAGCCCCACACGUGCUGGGAGUGUGGGAAGAGCUUCAGGUGGAACUCCGAGCUGAUCCUGCACCAGAGGAUCCACACUGGGGAGAGGCCCUACGAGUGUGAUCAGUGCAGGAAGAGGUUUCCCACCAGCUCUGGUCUAGUCAGGCACCAGCGCACGCACACAGAGGAGAGGCCCUUCCGCUGCCCCGACUGCGGGCAGGGCUUCAGGCACAACGCCCAUCUUGUCGUGCACCGGCGCAUCCACACUGGGGAGAGGCCCCACGAGUGUGAGGAGUGUGGGAAGAGCUUCAGCCAGAGCUCCACCCUGAUCCUGCACCAGAGGACCCACACUGGGGAACAGCCCUAUAAGUGUGGCGAAUGUGGGAAGAGCUUCAGCCAGUGUUCUACCCUGAUCCAGCAUCAGAGGACCCACACUGGGGAGAGGCCCUACGAGUGUGAUCAGUGCAGGAAGAGGUUUCGGAUCAGCUCCCAUCUCUUCCAGCACUAUCGCAUUCACUCAGAGGAGAGGCCCUUCUGCUGCCCCGACUGCGGGAAGGGAUUCAGGCGCAACUGCAACCUCAUCAGGCACCGGCGCAUCCACACCGGGGAGAGGCCCUACGAGUGUCCCCAGUGUGGGAAGAGCUUCUCCAGGAGCUCUCACUUGACCCGACACCAACAGAGGCACCGGUAGGGGAAGCCCUGCGAGUGCCCCGAGUGCGGGAAGAGCUUCGUCCAGAGCUCGGAGCUGGUGCUCCAUGAGCAGCCCCAUGCUGGGGAGAAGCCCCACACGUGCGUGGAGUGUGGGAAGCGCUUCAGGUGGAACUCCCAUCUGAUCCUGCACCAGAGGAUCCACACUGGGGAGAGGCCCUACGAGUGUGAUCAGUGCAGGAAGAGGUUUAAUACCAGCUCCAAUCUCCUCGUGCACCAGCGCACGCACACAGAGGAGAGGCCCUUCCGCUGCCCCGACUGCGGGCAGGGCUUCAGCCAGAACUCCAGUCUUGUCGUGCACCGGCGCAUCCACACUGGGGAGAGGCCCCACAAGUGUGAGGAGUGUGGGAAGAGCUUCAGCCAGAGCUCCAACCUGAUCCGCCACCAGAGGACCCACACUGGGAAACAGCCCCACGCGUGUGGGGAGUGUGGGAAGAGCUUCAGACACCACUCCAACCUGGUUGUCCACCAAAAGAUCCACACUGGGGAGAGGCCCUACGAGUGUGAUCAAUGCAGGAAGAGGUUUCGGAUCAGCUCUGGUCUCGUCAGGCACCAGCGCACGCACACAGAGGAGAGGCCCUUCCGCUGCCCUGACUGCGGGCAGGGCUUCAGGCAAAACGCCCAUCUUGUCGUGCACCGGCGCAUCCACACUGGGGAGAGGCCCCACGAGUGUGAGGAGUGUGGGAAGAGCUUCAGCCAGAGCUCCAGCCUGAUCCUACACCAGAGGACCCACACUGGGGAACAGCCCUACAAGUGUAGGGAAUGUGGGAAGAGCUUCAGCCAGUGUUCUACCCUGAUCCAGCAUCAGAGGACCCACACUGGGGAGAGGCCCUACGAGUGUGAUCAAUGCAGGAAGAGGUUUCGGAUCAGCUCCCAUCUCCUCCGGCACUAUCAGAUUCACACACAGGAGAGGCCCUUCUGCUGCCCCAACUGCGGGAAGGGAUUCAAGGACAACUCCACCCUCGUCACCCACCGGCGCAUCCACAGUGGGGAGAGGCCCUACGAGUGUCCCCAGUGUGGGAAUAACUUCUCCAGCAGCUCUACCUUGACCCGACACCAACGGAUCCAUGAUGGGGAGAAGCCCCACACGUGUGUGGAGUGUGGGAAGAGCUUCAGGUGGAACUCUGAGCUGAUCCUGCACCAGAGGAGCCACACUGGGGAGAGGCCCUACGAGUGUGAUCAGUGCGGAAGGUUUAAGACCAGCUCCAAUCUCCUCAAGCACCAGCGCACGCACACAGAGGAGAGGCCCUUCCGCUGCCCCGACUGCGGGCAGGGCUUCAGGCACAACUCCAGUCUUGUCCUGCACCGGCGCAUCCACACUGGCGAGAGGCCCCAUGAGUGUGAGGAGUGUGGGAAGAGCUUCAGGCACAGCUCCAGCGUGAUCCGCCACCAGAGGACCCACACUGGAGAACGGCCCUACAAGUGUGGGGAGUGUGGGAAGAGCUUCAGCCAGUCUACUACCCUGAUCCAGCACCAGAAGAUCCACACUGGGGAGAGGCCCUACGAGUGUGAUCAAUGCAGGAAGAGGUUUCGGAUCAGCUCCCAUCUCCUCCAGCACUAUUGGAUUCACUCAGAGGAGAGGCCCUUCUGCUGCCCCGACUGCGGGAAGGGAUUCAGGCGCAACUGCAACCUCAUCACCCACCGGCGCAUCCACACCGGGGAGAGGCCCUACGAGUGUCCCCAGUGUGGGAAGAGCUUCUCACAGCGCUCUCACUUGACCCAACACCAACGGAUCCAUGAUGGGGAGAAGCCCCACACGUGCGUGGAGUGUGGGAAGAGCUUCAGGUGGAGCUCUGAGCUGAUCAGGCACCAGAGGACCCACACUGGAGAGAGGCCCUACGAGUGUGAUCAGUGCAGGAAGAGGUUUCCCACCAGCUCCAGACUCCUCGUGCACCAGCGCACGCACACAGAGGAGAGGCCCUUCCGCUGCCCCGACUGCGGGCAGGGCUUCAGGCAGAACGCCCAUCUUGUCCUGCACCGGCGCAUCCACACUGGGGAGAGGCCCCACGAGUGUGAGGAGUGUGGGAAGAGCUUCAGCCAGAGCUACAACCUGAUCCAGCACCGGAACAUCCACACUGGAGAACGGCCUUACAAGUGUGGGGAGUGUGGGAAGAGCUUCAGCCAGCAAUCCGCCCUGAUUGUCCACCAGACGAUCCACACUGGGGAGAGGCCCUACGAGUGUGAUCAGUGCAGGAAGAGGUUUCGGAUCAGCUCCCAUCUCCUCCUGCACUAUCAGAGUCACACAGAGGAGAGGCCCUUAUGGUGCCCCGACUGCGGGAAGGGAUUCAGGCACAACUCCCACCUCAUCAGGCACCGGCGCAUCCACACCGGGGAGAGGCCCUACGAGUGUAAACCAUGUGGGAAGAGCUUCAGGCGGAACUCCGAGCUGAUCAGGCACCAGAGGACCCACACUGGGGAACGGCCCUACGAGUGUGAUCAGUGCAGGAAGAGGUUUAAGACCAGCUCUGGUCUUGUCAGGCACCAGCGCACGCACACAGAGGAGAGGCCCUUCCGCUGCCCCGACUGCGGGCAGGGCUUCAGGGACAACGCUGAUCUUGUCGUGCACCGGCGCAUCCACACUGGGGAGAGGCCCCACGAGUGUGGGGAGUGUGGGAAGAGCUUCAGCCAGAGCUCCACCCUGAUCCAGCACCAGAGGAUCCACACUGGAGAACGGCCUUACAAGUGUGGGGAGUGUGGGAAGAGCUUCAGCCAGCAUUCCAACCUGAUUGUCCACCAAAAGAUCCACACUGGGGAGAGGCCCUACGAGCCCUUCUGCUGCCCCGACUGCGGGAAGGGAUUCAGGCGCAACUCCACCCUCAUCAGGCACCGGCGUAUCCACACUGGGGAGAGGCCCUACGAGUGUCCCCAGUGUGGGAAGAGCUUCUCACAACACUCUGCCUUGACCCGACACCAACGGAGGCACCGGUAAGGGAAGCCCUGCGAGUGCCCCGAGUGCGGGAAGAGCUUCGUGCGCUGCUCCAGCUCCAUCCCCCGCUGGAGGAGCCACGCUGGGCACAGCCCUGGUGACCCACAUUCCCUGUGAUCCAUGCUGGGAACACACCUGCCUGCUUCUCCUCUUGGUUUGGCCUUGAUAUCUUUCUCUUCUCCAUCUCUUUGCCCUCCAAAAGCCAAGCGGGAUGGAUCUGUCACCUCAAAACCACUCAAAUCCCUCUGAAAACAACUGAAUUUUAACCCAUGAAGGCUCAGUCCCACCUCAAGUUGCUUCUUCCCUCCUCAAAAAACCUCAAUCCCACACCAAACU